CUAGUAACAGCUUUUAUGAAUCUAAAUCAUUAUUUUAACUACUUAACUGCAGCCUUUAGGGCCUCUGAUUUCAGGACUGAUCUUGACAAAUGCCCUAGUGAGUCUCUGGUGGUUUGUGAUGUUGCUGAAGACCUGGUGGAGAAACUGAGAAAAUUCCGGUUUCGUAAAGAAACCAACAAUGCUGCCAUUAUAAUGAAAAUCGACAAGGAUAAACAGCUGGUGGUACUGGAUGAGGAGCAUGAGGGUAUCUCUCCCGAUGAACUAAAAGACGAGCUGCCCGAGAGACAACCUCGAUUCAUUGUGUAUAGCUACAAGUAUCAGCAUGAUGAUGGAAGAGUUUCUUACCCAUUGUGCUUUAUCUUUUCCAGUCCAGUUGGAUGUAAGCCUGAGCAGCAGAUGAUGUAUGCUGGGAGCAAGAACAAGCUCGUGCAGACAGCUGAACUCACUAAGGUAUUUGAAAUAAGAAAUACAGAAGACCUAACUGAAGAAUGGCUGCGGGAGAAACUGGGCUUCUUCCAUUAAGAAAACCUCUGUAAUAAGUAUUUAUGUACCAUCCUGAUAAUACUGGAACCAGGCAUGAAUACUUACAUCUAAAUGCACUGUAUUUACAUGUCUCCUGCAGUACAUCUCUUGUGCAGAGUUUGUGCGAAGAAUAGCCAGUCUGUCUCCUUGAAGUAACAAAUCUUUGCAGGCAUUUCCUUAUAUGUACCUUAUAAAGGGAAUACUCCUCCGCAGGGACUCCUUUUGCACUCCUGUGAUUAAUAUUUCUAUAAUUAGAAUAGUUCAGUUCUGAAUUUAUAACUAUCUUACCAACAUAAUUUGGAAGCUGACGCUAACUCUUUCCGAGCUACAAAUGCAUCCUUACGGCGUAUGCAAGCCACGUAUAUGCAAAAAUUGUGUAGUCACUGACUUGUCAGACUUUUUGACUUCAUGUCUUCUGAAUUUUGCAAACUAGUCCCUGGAAGUAUUUAGUACUAAAAAGACAGAAUCCUUGUACAGCAAACCUAUCCCUCUGUCCUUCCAUUGAGUCCCYCUGAACUUUUCCAAAUUCCCGGAAUAACCGUUUUUUGUCAUUCCAGUGAUUUCUCAGUUGGCUGAGUCAAUCUUACUAAAUUUCAGGGCAAAGCUUUGACUGUCCAGUUCUCAUGUUAAUAGAGUCUUAUAGGAACUAAAUGAUAACUAAGGGCUGAAUUACAACUCUGGUUACUCUCACACCAGAUGUCUUGCAUAUGUAACUUACUACACUGUUAAGAAGUUUACCUCUUUGCUCUUUUCCUUUCUAUGGACACCUGGUAAUACUGUGUGCCUUUAAUUUGUUAGCUUUAAAAUGACCUGAGGAUUUUACACUGCCACUUAUUACAAAUUUGGUUAAAAGAAAAAAGUUAAAGAAUCCAAGUAAUACUUUUUCUUAGUGCCUAGUGCUGCAGUUGACAUCUGUUAAAAGAUAACCUAAUUUUCUUUAAAAUUCCAGUCAUCUACUCCAUUUGUAGGAGUCCAGGAACUUAAAGCUUUUCAUGAUACAGAAUGAUUUGUAUCUUCUUCCUCUUUUUUCCUAUAAAAGUUGGCCACAUGUAGCUCUCAAGUAUGUUCAUGACAGUGUUUUAACUUUCUUACCUGCUUGUUGGCCAAGAUUACAUUCCAUUUUUGCAUAAGCGAUCAUUUGAUCUUGAUUUAUUUACAGUUCAUCUCUUUGAAACAGCAAAGAUUCUAAUGUGAAAAUAGUAUUUAACUUUUAUAAAUGACCAGUCUUUUUACAGGUCUGUUUUAUAUUGAGUAGACUAGUUGUCUGAUCUGUGACACCGUGUUCAGCGCAUGCAGUGGCAGGAGGAGGGCUCGUGUGGCAGCGUCUCCCUGCGUAGCUCGUGAGUGUUUGUCGUGCUACUGAACUGUCUGUGCAAGAGCAGCUUCCUGUAGAUACCACCACACCUUCCAGAACAGCUGCUGAACAGAUCAGUUUGCAAAAAGAAUACAGUGUUAACUGAAGAGGCCAGUAUUUCAUGCUGUGAAACCUGUGCUGAAGGAAAGUGUGUGAAAAGCUGUAUUAAGGCACUCAUUUGCCUAAUAUCAUGUGCAAUUCACGUGCAGAGGUCCUCAGUGUUGGUGAAUCUCUUCUUGGUUUGAUGUUCCUGCUCGGUUGCUUGUAUAUGAAUCUGAGCUGGCAGGAGCUCUUCAAAAUGCAGAUGUUCAGAUCUGAUUGAACUGAUCUUUCGGUGCAGAAAUAACUGCUUGUAAGUAAAGGAAAUAAGAUUUCUGUGUUAACAUAAUGAACUGGAACACUGGGUUUCCCUGGACAGAAAAUACUGAUCAUGCAACUGUUACUCGAUUGUUCUGUACUAUGGAUCAAUAAAAGCCAAGCCACCUUUUGUGACAAACUUGUAUAAAUACGACUUUGGUUUAAGGAACGGUGUCACCCUAAGCAUCGGUCUUAGAGCAGCGAGUCUUGUUGUGCUGGUGCUGUGCUCAAGGGAGGCCGGGUCAAGGAGCAGYGUGCGGGGACGGCUGUCACUUGUCACCUUCCCUUGGUUUGUGGCGGGAAAGGCUGCCUCUGUGCUCUCCGUCGUCGUGCUUUGUGCACGGGUGGGCUGCCAGCACCCGGCUGCUGCUCCCUCGGCCUCUCCAAAGCCCUUGGSCAAGUGGCCCCCUCAGCACAGGACAUUUCGUUGUGGUUUCCCUGUGUUUGAUGCAGUGUUCGGACCCACCUCUCUACUGCUCCUUAACUGUCCUAGGCUCACGAGGUUUUGGGUCGUGGCAUUAAAUAACAAGGCCAGUAAUGCUGAAUUCCUGCAACAAAGGCAUUAAUGAUAUCCCCAUCUGUCCUGCACAAAUAAUGUGUUUUCAUAACGUACUUUCCCUUCCUCCUCCUCGGAACUGCACUUUCCUUCCCCUGCUCCCCCUGCACGAGGGCAGGCAGAGGUGUCCGUGUUCAGAGCAGCAUUUUCUGACUGCAUUUCCAGCAGAGUUGCCURUCUCUCAUCAUACAUUUGUCUGAAUUUUUACAUCUCUAAGGGGUGCUCGUAGUAAAGGACAAUGAAAAUCACCUAAUGCCACCUCUGGGCGCCUUUGUAGCUAAAGGUCUGAGAGUAUUUUCCAUUGUGAGCUCCUAUUUUUCAGGAGUUUAGCAAGUCGGCCAUAAAGUUCUUGGCCUAAGUUAAGCUUGGAGGUGUCUCCUAAAGAGAGGCUUCUGCUACAAUUCA